AUGAUCCUCAGGAGAAACUUCCCCAAAGGCUUCUGGAUUGGGCUGAUUCUGGUCAUUGCUGUCAACAUCCUUCUGGUAUUUUAUACCAAGGAGACUUUACAUAACUUGAUUCUGGGGCGUCUACACAAGGAGUUUCAUUUGCCCCCACCAGAGUGGGACGGAGCCAUGAUCAAGAGACUCUCUCGCUUGGAAAUGGAUCUGCAGCAUCUGAAAGAUGGUAUGCAACUGGUUAUGAAGCAACAAGAAAACAAGGACCACACACAAAAGAGGAUAGAAGAUGAAGUUCACCCUGCUCGAAAGGCAGUGGAAACCCCUGAGAGGGAGACAAAGAAGCAGCAGAACAGACCCCCAAAGAAACUCUUCCCGAACUCUCCGCUCUUCAAGCAGUGGGGCGACAAGCUUUCUGAAGCCCAGCAGAAAGAGGCCGAGGACCUGUUCCAGAAGUUUGGUUACAACGCCUACCUCAGCAACCAGUUGCCUCACAAUCGCAGCCUCAUGGACACACGAGAUUCCAGGUGUGUUCAGAAGUCAUACCCUUCCCUACUCCCAUCCCUUGGUGUCAUCCUCAUAUUCAUGGAUGAAUCUCUGUCCAUUAUACAACGGGCCAUCACCAGUGUCAUCAGCCGGACCCCACCUCGAUUGCUGAAAGAGAUCAUCUUGGUGGAUGAUUUCAGCUCAAAUGGAGAACUAAAGGUGUCCUUGAAUGAGAAGAUUAAGCUUUACAACCAGAAGUAUCCUGGAUUGUUGAAAAUGAUACGGCAUAGUGAGAGAAGAGGUCUUGCUCAAGCACGCAACACGGGCUGGGCAGCUGCCACUGCUGAUGUGGUUGCCAUCUUGGAUGCUCAUAUUGAAGUGAACGUUGGGUGGGCAGAGCCCAUCUUGGCUAGGAUUCAGGAAGACCGCACCGUGAUUGUGUCUCCUGUGUUUGACAAAAUUUGUUUUGAUACUUUACAACUGGAAAAGUAUGGACUGGCAGUGCAUGGGUUUAACUGGGAACUAUGGUGCCGGUAUGAUGCACUGCCACAAGCCUGGAUUGAUCUGAAUGAUGUCACUGCUCCAGUGAAGAGUCCUUCCAUCAUGGGCAUCCUGGCUGCCAACAGACUGUUCUUGGGAGAGAUUGGGGCUCUGGAUGGUGGGAUGCUGGUCUAUGGAGGAGAGAACGUGGAACUUAGCCUAAGGGUGUGGCAGUGUGGAGGGAAGAUUGAGAUCUUACCCUGCUCCCGGGUGGCGCAUCUAGAGAGAUACCACAAGCCCUAUGCGAUGGAUCUAAGCAUUUUCUUGAAGCGCAAUGCUCUGCGAGUGGCCGAAAUCUGGAUGGAUGAAUACAAACAGAUGGUCUACCUGGCCUGGAACAUACCUCUCCAGAACUCUGGAAUUGAUUAUGGAGACAUUUCUUCCAGAAUUGCACUCCGGAAGAAAUUGAAAUGUAAACCUUUUGACUGGUACCUGAAAAAUGUUUAUCCACUCCUGAAGCCGACCCUCAACAUUGUGGGCUAUGGAAGAAUGAAAAACUCAUUGGAUAAGAAUGUCUGCCUGGAUCAAGGACCUGUGCCAGGCAAUACCCCCAUCAUGCAUCCCUGCCAUGAAUUCAGUCCACAGAAUAUCUACUACCACCAAACUGGGGAAUUCUACAUGGGAAAUCUGAUUGCAGAGGCAAACUCGGAUGACCGCUGCCUCACAGAUCCUGGCCAUGGGGAAAAGCCUACUUUGGAGCGAUGUUCUAUGGCAGCCCAAAGUGGACUACACAUACAUUGGGAUUUUAAACAGGGAAGAGCCAUCGUAAACAGGGACACCAAACGGUGUCUGGAGAUCAGGAAGCACUCUUCUGGGGCCUACAUGCUUGUGCUGCAGAAGUGUACCACGCAAACGUGGGAAUUACAGUACAUCAUCAGAAACUGGGAUCAGACCGAUGUCCAGUGA